UGAAGAAGAAGACGAAGCGCUAGCUCGCCAGCUAAAAGGCUAAAUACAAACAUAACAAGAUUGGCUGUGAACACUGCGUUACUCUUGAAGCUGGGCUUGAAUGUGUUACCUGAGGCUUCGCUCAUUCUCACAGUAAUAAUAUAAAAACCUCAAAAUGGACUACGACGAAAAGACGAGGUCUCUGAUGUUCACGCUUACUUACAUGCUAAUGAAGCGGCGGAGGGACUUAACAAACGCCGAGACUCGGAGACGGAAUGAAGCCCAGCAGAGAAUCAGACAGAGACAGUAUUUCCUCCAGAGACAGAAGAGGAUGCUCAUGAUGUUGAUUGCUCAGAGCACCCGUUCUGUUAGCGUAGCACGCACUCGUGCUUGGACCAACAUAGAGAGCACCGACUGGUGGGAGCGGGUGGUCAUGACAGAGUUCCAACCCUCUGAUUGGCUGGAGCACUUCAGAAUGAGCAGAGAGACCUUCUUCCUCCUCUGUGGGAAGCUGAAACCACGCCUCACUCGGCAGGACACCUGCCUGCGUCCAGCGCUGCCCCUGGAGAAGCGUGUGGCCGUGGCCCUGUGGCGCCUUGCCUCUAACGUUGAGUACCGCACCAUCAGCACGCUGUUUGGCGUAGGUCGGUCCACUGUGUGCAAGUGCGUGCGGGAAGUGUGCCAUGCCAUUGCGGUCAUGCUCCGCCCACUCUACCUCCGCACACCCAGUCAGCAGGAGCUGGAGGAUGCUGCCCGUCUUUUCAGCACUCGCUGGGGCUUCCCGCACUGCGUGGGUGUCCUGGGCAGCCUCCACGUGCCAAUUAUUGCACCGACUGCCAAUGCUGACAGCUACUGGAACAGCCGUGGCUGGCUAUCUGUGGUCACUCAGGGCGCAGUGGACGGUCUUGGUCAGUUCUGGGACGUGUGCGCUGGCUUUCCUGGGGGCACUGAGCAUGCCGCCAUCCUACAGAACUCUACACUGUGGGCUAUGGGGUGUGAGGGGGGCCUCUCUCCACGUGAUCCACCACCUCGGAACUUCAUGGGCAAGCCCUUGGGAUACCUCAUGCUGGGGGAUGCUGGGUAUCCCCUCCAAAGCUGGCUUCUGAAGGGUUACCCUGAGUCAGAGGGACUAACGCCAGGGCAGCGGGCUUUCAACCGCCGCUUGGAGAGGGCUCGCAGUGUGGUGGACGAUGCUUUCCUGAGGCUCAGGGCACGCUGGCAGUGCCUGCUAAAAAGAAACGACUGCCACAUGGACGUGGUGCCCACCAUGAUCCUGGCCUGCUGCAUCCUCCACAAUGUCUGCGAAGUGCACGGGGACACUUUUGUGGAUGAGUGGGUGCAGGCUGUGAGACAGGAGGACAAUCCACAGCCGGCUGACGAGGCGCCAGCUUCAGGUGACAAUCCUGCCGGUGAUGAGGUGCGAGCGCUGUACUGUGAAUACUUCUUGCAGCAGGACAAUCAGCAGAACCAACAGGAGCAGCAGAACUGAGAGAAACUGUCCUCCAUAACUGCCCUACAAGAAAGUGUUAGUUUAAUAGAGAUCUAUGCAUAUUUAUCAGAAACUCCUACCAUAUAGGUGAACUUGGUAGGUUUGCAGUUCUUGACUGUACCUUAUCUGUUGUUCUUCAGUAAAAGAAGACCACCGUAGGGCCACUGCUGAUCAGAUAUUUGGUCAGUGGACCAUUACAACAAUGCCAGGGCAAUGCUUUAUUUGAAGGCUACCUACAUAGGGACUUCAUAGCACAUUUAUAAGCACUGAAUCAUGACUAAGCAGUGAAUUCGUAAAGCAAAACUUGAGCAUUUAUAAAUAGCUUAUGGUCUUAAUCUCAGUACAGCAUCAGAUGUUUUAAAAAGUGAAUCACACUUUGAUGGACAUUGGCUCCAUUUAUAACACUGUCAUGAAGCACCAUUUCCAAGUAAUAGAACGUGAAUAAAAGUGUGUUACACUGGAUUAAUGUGACUGCAGACCUGAACAGGUAACACUGUUAGAAUAAUAUUACACAAAAUCUGUGAUAAAGAGCAUAUUUAAAGUACAUAUAUAGGUAUCGUGUUCCAUAUGGCGUGCUCUUAACUAGUUUUUAGAAAUUAUGCUUCAUAACAGUGUUAUAAAUGAAACAAAUUACCAUCACUUGGGUUUAAAGGAUUGAGGAUUGUGCUGUUAUGAGUAUUACAGGCAGUAAUUAAUUGUAAGCCACGUUCACCUGUAUGGAGAGAUGUAUAGGUGCAGGCCUAUCUUUUUACUUCCGCCUUUAGUGAUAUUUGUCUGUGGCUGUGGCUCUUAUUUCUCUUUCUUAUGUUUCUGUUGCAGUGGAUGCCAGUGUUUUGUCUACUGUAAUACCUGUUUUGAUUUUGCUUGUCUUUAUUUGUUCCUACCUUUUCUGUAGUUUGUUUUGUAGUGACUUUUAUAAUUUUUUCCACCAUUUCAGAAUAUCAGCUGUCAUUGUAUGAAUGUUUCAUCACAAACAGACCAUAAAAAAGUUCAGAUCUUUACAUCUUAAAAUACAAUUUAAAAACCGAAGGUUAUAACAUGCCUGAAAAUGUCUUCUCUUUACUGUUAGUAAAGGUAUUACAUUCUAACACGAUGGCUAAAGACCAGGUUGAAGAGCUGAUGUAGAAUCAGGAGAAGAGGCAGGUUGCAGAGUGCAUAUUAAACUAAUUUACAGUAGCAAACCAAAGGAACUGCAAGAUAAAUAAAGAGCAGUUAGGGAAAUUGAGAGGAGAGCUAGUGACAGUCAUAUGUCAUUCAUGCAUCCAUCUCACUCUAUAUACAGUCAUAUGUAAAGGUCUUGAUCAGAUUACGUUUCUGUUGAUUUUCUAUGUGAAAAUAAGUAAAUCUUCUACAGCAGGGGUCUUUAAUUAAAAUUCAGUAAGGUCCAGUUCGAGAACAUUUCCUCAAUCAAAGGUCCAGAACAUCAUAAUGUCUACCUUGCAUCAUGAUUCAUGCCAUAUACAGUAAACUGAAGAAGCCUGGUAAUUAUAUCAACAUCUUAUACAUUAACAACUGAAUGUCAAAUCAAAUAAAGUACAAUUCAGUGAUAUUUCAA